AUGCCCUCCUCCCUCGCGCGCAAGGUGAUUAUAGCUGCCGCGGUAGACGGACUGUUCAUACAACCCUUGUCUACCAGGAAAGAACAGAGGUCGUCUUCGCCGGUUAAGAUACGCUAUGGAGAUGCCGCUAUCUCGUUUGCAUCUCGAGAUGCCCUUCCGGACUUGUCUGAGCCUAACUCGUCCUUCGAGGCCUUCGGAAUUCUAGGCCUGGUGACCGUUUCCCGCUUCAGCUACCUCGUCUCCAUCACCCGCCGCCAGCAGGUCGCAUCUAUUCGGGGCCUGCCCGUCUAUGUCAUCACCGAAGUUGCCUUGACACCCUGCUCUUCGUACAACGACGCGAAUGAGUCUGUUGCCAAGACUGCGACACAUUUACACGUAAAGACCGGUGGAGAGACAGCGGGCCAUGAGUCCGAUGCAGACACAGACGCAGACACGGACACGGACAUAGACCUUGACGCCCAGUCUAUCAAGAGCGACGAGGUGCCCACCGACGAUGACGAGCCCGUCUCGACAGAGGGCCAGGGCAAAGCUCCUGCCGGUAAGGCGGGAGCCCCUGGAAGCGUGGUUCAGGAUGUGAUGUCUCGACGGGGCAGCUAUGGCCGUUUCGCACAGCGCUGGUUCAGUAAGAGCGGUUGGCAGCAGGAGUCAAAGCGGAACAUGGGUAUGAGCCGGUCGGAGGAGGCCGCAAUUGCAAACCCGCAGUCUCCCGCAGCGACAAGCGAGGAUAAGGCCGCCCCAGACGCUGCGGGUGUGCCGGUGAAGGAAGCCAAAGAGGAGGAAUUGGCGCCGCCAACGCUGUUGCCGAAGUUGUUGCGCACGACGCAGAUCCUGUUUGGCUCGUCCAAGAGCUACUAUUUUUCGUAUGACUACGAUCUGACGCGCAGCAUGGCGAAGCAGCCACGAGGGGCCGCGCAGCCAGAUGUGCCGCUGCACCAGAAGGUUGACCCGAUGUACUUUUGGAACCACAAUGUGGCACGGCCCUUCAUCGACGCGGGUGCAGACUCACUGGCGCUGCCGCUAAUGAAGGGAUUUGUUGGUCAGAGGACCUUCACAGUCGAUAGCGACCCACUGCAGGUGGAUGACUUCAAGGACUCUGUAGAGAUGAGAGACUUUGCUGCGAAGCCGACUAGCACCGAGUCGAAUCCAUCAUCGCCUCCGAAUGAGGGAGCACCUGUGCAGCUGAAGUCAUCAGAAAAGCAGUUCGAUCUCACUAUCAUCUCCCGGCGGUCCGUAAAACGGGCUGGACUAAGAUACCUGAGGCGAGGCAUUGAUGAUGAAGGAUUCUGCGCCAAUUCGGUGGAAACAGAGCAGAUUCUUUCUCACAAGACUCCCGAUCCCAACUCCGAGGCGCACUCUUUCCUUCAAGUCAGAGGCAGCAUACCGGUCUUCUUCACGCAAAGCCCCUAUUCGUUGAAACCCUCGCCCAUAUUCCAACACUCAGAGGAGGCAAAUUUCCGAGCGCUGAAGACGCACUUUGACAGACUACAUAAAGAGUAUGGGUCUCUUCAGAUUGCUAACCUGGUUGAAAAACAUGGUGUUGAGGCACCUAUCGGCGAGAAAUACCAGAAAGGAGUAGAGAAAUACAACGAGGAGACAAACGAAGCCGGCAGAAUUCCUUUCGAGUGGUUCGACUUCCACGACGCCUGCCGGGGUAUGAAGUUCGAAAACGUCCAAAAGCUUAUCGAGACUCUCAAGGGCCAGCUCGACAGUUUCGGCAGCACUAUCGAACGGGAUGGCAAUAUACAAACCAAGCAGCAGGGCGUGGUACGCACGAAUUGCAUGGACUGCCUGGACAGGACAAACGUUUGCCAGAGCUCAUUUGCCAAGUACGUGCUGGAUUCACAGCUUAAGGCGCAGGGUUUCGACAUGUCGGCGCAACAAGACCAGGUGAACUCGUGGUUCAACACGCUGUGGGCAGACAAUGGCGAUGCAAUCUCCAAGCAGUAUGCCUCCACCGCAGCUAUGAAGGGUGAUUAUACCAGGACGAAGAGGAGGGAUUAUAGGGGUGCGUUGACGGAUGCUGGGCUGGGCCUGACAAGAUUUUACAACGGCAUGGUGAACGACUUCUUUCUCCAAGCCACGAUCGAUUUCCUCCUUGGCAACGUGACCUCCUUCGUCUUUGAAGAAUUUGAAGCCAACAUGAUGACCAAGGAUCCUGCGGUAUCCAUUCAGAAGAUGCGAGAACAGGCCAUCGAGCUUUGCCAGAAGCGAGUCGUGUCUGAUGAGAGCGAAGAAUUUAUCGGUGGCUGGACGUUCUUGAGUCCUGCGGUGACCAACAGUCUCACAGCCACGCCGUUCCAAGAGAUUGUAUUCCUACUCACCGACACCGCGAUGUACCUGUGCCGGUUCGACUGGAACCUGGACAAGGUCUCAUCGUUUGAUCGCGUGGAGUUGAGCCAUGUCACACACAUCAAGUUUGGCACAUAUAUCACCUCAACCAUCUCAUCCACACAGACGGACGAGCGCAAAAAUAUCGGGCUCGUAGUCACCUACGAGCCAGGCUCCAACGACAUCCGCCGCGUGAACACCCGAUCUUUAUCCAGCGUGAAGGGGGGCACCGAUCAGCCCUCGACCGCCCAAGACCCCAAAACGUCUACGCCAAACCCUCCCAACGCCGUGCAGAACCGCCUCACGGGCCUCCUCAACCGAAAAGCACCACCCGCUCCCGAGACCAAGACGCUAGCUCUAAAGGCCCCGUAUGCCAAGUCAUCCAUAGCCGACAGCAAUAGCACCAGCGGGAGCCGUAUGAGCGAGACGGAGCUCGUGACAAGCGUGUGUAAUGAGAUCGAGAGGCUGGCGUUCGUGAAUCAGCCCGUCUCCGGGGCAGCCGAGGCGAAGCGAGAGAGUAUCAUUGAGGAGGGAGAGAUUGUCAGCCUGGCAGAGGCGAAGAAGAACGUGGGUAUACUUGAGACGCUGGGGUAUAAUAUCAAGAGGUUUGUAUGGGCUUAGUAGACCCAGUACGGAGCCGGAGGACGAAGACCUGAGGCUGCACAUGGCUUGUGAAGUGGUAGACUGGAGACAGCCUAGCCUGAUACACAUUACAGCAUCUGAAGCUGCAGAAGCACUAGGAUGGACUUUUUCGAGCAAACGGUCAAAACACAAUUGCGCUCAACGUACACAGCACACUAGAUUAUACACAGAAACCAGAUCAAUAUUCAAACCU